GAGAUCCCGACUUAUUAUCUCGAGAUCCCGACAUCAGUACAUAACGACCUAAUCACAGUGAUGGAGGACACCCACCCAUGGGGUAGAUAUAUAGAUUUUUAUUUCGAGCUUGGGCUUGAGUAUAAACACAUUAAAUCAGUGCUUGACAGCAGACAUGGAUUUAGUAUUAGUGAGAGACAUCUGAAGAGAGUUUUCAGAGCGCGGGGACUCAUUCGGCGCAAGUCCUUUUCCGACUUGGCAGUUUUGGUAGAAUUCAUUAAUAACCAGCUACAGUCCUCUGGACAGCUUCACGGUUACCGAUGGAUGUACGCUAAAUGCAGAGAGCAUGGACUUCGUGUGAGAAAAGAAGAUGUGCGCUUUGUGUUGAAGGAAUUGGAUCCCCAAGGGGUGGCACUGAGGCAGGCAAGACGUCUCAGACGGAGAAAUUACUUUUCAAAGGGACCAAACUUCAUCUGGCACAUGGACUCCUACGACAAACUUAAACCAUAUGGAAUAUGCAUCAACGCAAGUAUUGAUGGGUUUUCAAGAAAAAUAAUCUGGCUUAAUGCUUACACAACAAGUAGUAAUCCAAAGGUGAUCGGGGGGUAUUACAUCGAAGCGGUGCAGCGUUUAAAUGGCUGCCCUAGAGUUGUACGUGGUGAUCUUGGAACCGAAAAUGGCCAUGUGAGAAGUUUCCAGCGUUUCCUUGUACCAACGGAACCAAACGAGACCCUUGACAGUUACCUGGAAGGAGCAAGUACAGCUAAUCAAAGAAUUGAAUAUUGGUGGCGUUUCCUUCGUAACCAGUGUGUGGAGUUCUGGUUGUCCCUUUUUGGAGACAUCAGAGACAACGGUUACUUUGAUGGUGGAUUUUUAGACAAAAACCUUCUUCAGUUUUGCUGCAUGGGGAUCAUACAGGAUGAGCUGGAUGAUACUGCCCAGGUUUGGAAUGCACACUCCAUCAGGCCAUCAAACAACAGAAAUGUCCCCAGUGGUCGACCCAAUGUGAUGUAUGCAUUACCUGAGCUCUACAGGACAAGAGACUUUCUUUGCCUUGUUGAAGAGGAACAUGUUGAAGUAUGCAAAAAUGAGUGCAUUUCUCGACUGACCAAACCAUGUGAUCCAGAUGUCUUUGACCUCUGCAACAUCCUUAUGGCAGAGUCCCAUCUGACCUUACCCACAGACGCUUACCAGGCUUUGAACUUGUAUAUGCAUCUAAGAGAGGCAAUCAUUGCAUCACUUUAAAAUGUGCUGACUGCAAGCAAGAACAUUUUUCAGCACCUUUACAAGCCCACUUAGAAUGGCAUGCAGAUGUAAACAAACUGUGUUUCUUUUCUUUCAAAAGUAUUUCAUUAUGUUCUCUAGAAGGGACAAUGAAGAAAUGUAUUGUUCAUUUGAGUUUCAUGAACUGCCAGUUUAUUCAACUGCUUCUAACCAUUUUGUAAAUAUGCAAUAUCUGUUUCAGAUGAAAAUAAACUCUGUGAAAGCAAA